CAUAAAUAUAUAAUGGCAACUAUCUUCCUUUUUCUUCUUCUCUCAACAAUUUUCACAGCCGAAGCUCAAUCAGGGCAAUCCAGUAUUGAGCCAGGCUCUUUUCUAACAGUAACAAACACUACCACCACCAACUCUUCAUGGCUAUCACCUUCUGGUCUAUAUGCCUUUGGAUUCCACAAGCAAGGCAAUGGCUAUGCUAUUGGAAUUUUUGUUGAAGGGAUUCCUCAAAAGAUAGUAGUCUUCUGGACAGCCAAUAGAGACGAUCCCCCAGUUCCCGCUGACGCCAGACUAACUUUCACAAGUGAUGGACAACUGGUUCUGCAGUCUGCACAACAAGGCACGAACACAAGCAUUACCAACUCUCCUGGAGCUGCAACUUCAGCAUCCAUGCUUGAUUCUGGCAACUUUGUUUUGUAUAAUUCUGAUAACAGUACAAUAUGGCAGAGUUUUGAUCACCCUACUGAUACCCUUUUGCCAAGCCAGCAUCUUUCAGUUCAAAAAGUGUUAAAUUCCAGUGUUUCAGACUCAAACCAUUCAACUGGUAGAUUUCUGCUCUUAAUGCAACUAGAUGGAUAUCUUGCGAUGUACCCAGUUGGAACCCCCUACACAAUUGAUUAUGGUUAUUGGAACUACGAGACACCUGGGCAAGGUAAUAAUGUGAGAUUAAAUCUGGAUGAUAAUGGUCAUCUCUACUUAGAGAAUGGUAAUGGCACGGCUGGUACAGUGGAUAUACAUCUAGGAGAUAAUUCGAAAAAAGGUUUACUCUACCUUUUGAGAAUUGAUGCUGAUGGAAUCCUGAGGCUAUACUCACACAGUAUGGAUCAAAAUGGUAACUGGUCAAUCAUAUGGUCCCAGCCAGAUGACAAGUGUGCCCCGAAGUGUAUAUGUGGCCUUAAUGCAUAUUGUGUCAAAACUAAUCAAAGUUUUGGUUGCAAUUGCCUUCCUGGAUUUGCACUUAUUAACAAGAGUGAAAUGAAUUCAGGCUGCGAAAGGAACUUCACUGCAGAAAGUUGCAAACCAAGCAUGACAUAUACCAUGGAGGCAGUGAAUAAUACCAUAUGGGAAGAUAAAAAUAUCUCUGUUCUUUCCUCAUCAACCCAAGAGGCUUGCAAAGCAGCAUGUUUGCAGGACUGUAACUGUGAUGCUGCGCAAUUCAAACAGGGGGAGUGCAAGAAGCAAAGUCUUCCUUUGAGAUUUGGGAGAUUACUUGAAAGUGGCCCAAACGUAGAAUUCAUCAAGGUAAGCAUAUCUACUACGCCCACUACAGCUAGAAAUGUGCCAAAGAAAAGCAAAAAAGAGGUCCUAAUUAUCAGUGUUUCAUUAGUUGCUUUGGCAAUUGUGUUGGUGAUUUCUGGAGUUGUAAUGUAUAGAUAUCGUGUCUGGGCAUGUAUAAAGGAAUCUUUUCAGUUUAUCCAAAAAAAAAAGGAAUCUAAUCAUGGAAAUAUUGUCUUGAGUGAGGAGGUUUCUCUGCGAUCAUUUACUUACGCAGAACUUGAGAAAGUGACUGAUAAUUUCAAGGAAGAGCUUGGUAGAGGAGCAUUUGGAAUAGUUUAUAAAGGGGCAAUUGGGGAUGGCAAGAAGCUCAUAGCUGUGAAAAGACUAGAUAAAUUGUUAGCCGAACGGGAAAGAGAGUUUCAGACCGAGAUGAAAGUGAUUGGGAGAACACAUCACAAAAAUCUAGUCCAACUACUUGGGUAUUGCCAUGAUGGACCAAAUAGGCUGCUGGUAUACGAGUACAUGAGCAAUGGGUCGCUUGCAGAUAUACUCUUCACACCAGAAAAACAACCUUGUUGGGAUGAACAAAUGGAAAUUGCUCGAAACAUAGCAAAAGGAAUUCUUUAUCUUCAUGAAGAGUGUGUGCCACAGAUCAUUCAUUGUGACAUAAAGCCUCAGAACAUACUCAUGGAUGAAAACAUGUGUGCAAAAAUCUCUGACUUCGGAUUGUCAAAGUUGUUGAAGCCAGAUGAAAGCAAAACAUUUACUGACAUAAGAGGCACAAGGGGAUAUGUUGCACCAGAGUGGCAUCGCAAAAUGUCCGUGACAGUGAAAGUAGAUGUCUAUAGCUUUGGAAUCGUGUUGUUGGAGAUUAUAUGUCGUCGAAAGAGUGUUGACUCUGAUGUUGCAGAGGAAGAAGCUAUUCUUGAAGAAUGGGCAUACCAUUGCUUUGAGUGUGGUGAGCUAGGUAAGCUAGUUAAUGAAGAAGAGGUUGACAAGAAACAGUUGGAGAGAAUAACUAAAGUAGCAUUGUGGUGCAUUCAAUAUGAACCAUCACUUCGCCCCUCAAUGAAGAAGGUUCUACAAAUGCUAGAGGGGACAGUGGAUAUCCCAGACCCUCCAAGUCGCUCAAUACCAUCUAGUGUCUGGGGUAAGGACUGAUAGUUUGAAAAUUGGUCAUGUCAAAUUAAUCCACUUUUCCAUGUAAUUUGCUUUCAUGGUAUACGUAUAUGUGUCUUCAAUAAUG